UUGAUUUUUAAAAGGGCUCUUGGCCCUUGUCUUCAUGAAUUUUUAUUUCUGUUUAAAAUUCCUUACACAGGAACAGUAUCUCACACUUUACAAAGUAUUUUUGUGUACACUUUUUCAUUUGAUGCUCAAAAUGACCUUCCUGAAAUAGGCAUGAAGGUUUUAAACUUACAGAGGAGAAAUUAGACAUAUUGGUUCUGGAUAUGUCACUUGCCUCCUAGUUCGGAGUUCUUAGUCCUUUUUAUAGAAGAUUUAGGAGCAUUGUCAGUAACUUAAUUCAAGGUGGUCCUCUCAAGUCCUUUUAAGACUUGAUUUCUUACUUGGUCAGAUUUAGCUGGGGUUUUGAAACCCUUCAAAUUAGAUCCACAAUUUGGCUGGGAGGGCAAAGAGUGAGGGGAAACUCACUCUUUGAAGUCAAGUAGCUGAGGUGGUUUGGAAAUUCACUUCAGCUUCUGAGAUCUUUGUCUUCCCCAGAGGUGGACUUAAAGUAUUGAAAGAAUUGGAAAGAAGGGAUUGAUUGGUAAGAGGGUUACUAAUAAGCAGAGGUGGUAAAGCAGCAGCAUGGUGACUCCUGCCUGUGGCCUCACCUAUUAAUAAGGAUGGACUUUGGCUUAUGAAGUGGUGGUGCAUGCAUCAUAUCUUCUAACUUUGAAGGAUAUCUCAUGUCGAAGGAACUGAGUUAUGAUAUCAUAGAGGAUUCAUCUGGAACACCUGGAGGUGCUGUCCGAGAGCAGUGAAAUGUCUACUGAGAUAUGAUGACCUUGGCCACUAGUUUUGCCCUUAGAAGCCUGUUGCUGGCCUUCUACAUGCCUUUUGUCAUGACUUUCCCUAAAACACUGGCCAUCCCUGAGAAGCUGAAAGAAGCUGUGGGGAAAGUCAUUGUCAACGCCACCACCUGUACUGUCACCUGUGGCCUUGGCUACAAGGAGGAGACCGUCUGUGAGGUGGGCCCUGAUGGAGUGAGAAGGAAGUGUACAUCUCAGCGGUUGGAAUGUCUGACCAACUGGAUCUGUGGGAUGCUCCAUUUCACCGUCCUCAAAGGCAAGGAAUUCGAGCUGAGCUGUCUGAGUUCAGACAUCUUGGAGAUCGGGCAGGAAGCGUUCCGGUUCACCUGGAGACUUGCUCGGGGUAUUAUCUCCACGGAUGAUGAAGUCUUCAAGCCCUUCCGAGCCAGUUCCCACUUUGUGAGGUUCAGAUAUAUUCAGGAGGUGGACUCGGGGACCUACCGGUGUGAUGUGCAGCUAUUAGAAAACUUGAGACUUGUCAAGAGGCUUUAUUUUGGGGUGAGGGUCCUUCUUCCUAAGUUGGUGAAGCUGAAUUUUCAGCAGUCCCUCACUGAGGAUCAGAAGUUAGUAGAUGAGGGCCUGGCAGUGAAUCUGGGUAACUAUUCCAGGCCUUACCGUCCACCGUGGAGAAAGAAGGUGGCGAUAGCCUUGGGCAUAGGAAUUACUAGUGGAGUGAUGAGCACUGUGAUGUUGGGCAUUGCCUUGUAUAGCGGGUGGCGGACGACAAAUGGCAAUGCCAGCCUUUAGACCUAACAGGCCUUGCUCCUGAAGGACUGGCUGCCCAGGAAGCGGGACUUGACUGCUCAGGAAAUCAAGCUAGAUUUUCAGGGGAGCAUCUGGCUGCCUGAUUGUGGACCAGCUAGGAGGGAGGGUUUCCAGAGCCAAAAGAGUGAGUGGGGGUGUGGAGAAGGGACAGCAUCUUGGUAGCAAUGGGCAGUAUCUCAACUGUGUCCCAGAUGGACCUCUUUGAACUUCCCUGCCCACUAGGUACCCAGAUAACCUUACUGCACUCAUCUCUUCUGCUGGGAAGAGUUCUGUCUUCCAAAUUUGCAUUUAUUUUUCUACCCUUUACAUCUGGUAUACCUUACCUCCACUUUCUCCCUUUGAGCAGCAUAAUCACAUAGAAGGGUACAUUAAUAAUAGCUUUUCUAGUGAAAACACUUUUUUCCUCAAUAAAAAUAAUCGACAGUAGCUGUAUGGCGAUAAUCUUUCCUACUCUUGAGUUAAAAAUUUCUUGCACUUGUUUUAAUUGUCCCAUAAUUGGUUAGUCUUUUGUUUUCCAUCAAUUUCUUAGAAUAGAUAUUGAACAAAUUGCUUUGUGAACCAGAUCCAAGGUCAACAAUGACAUCUGACUCGGUAUAGAAUAGACCCUCACUAAAUGUUAAUGAUUUAUCAGCCCCUCUCCUUCCUCCCAGGUGAACCCUCUUAUUCAGUGCAACAUUGAUUCCUGGCAACACACUGGAGUUUUCAUCUGAUAGGUUUCCCCUGAAAAGUGCCUUGGCUUGCUCCCUGCUUCCCUCCUAGCUCUCUCUGCGCCCUGAAGCAUGUGUUCCUGGAAAGGUCAAGCGUAUUUGGUUUCUUACAGCAGCCAUGGCCCCUUAAGGGGAGAUUAGUGCCUUCCACCACGGGAAAUCCAAUCUAAGACCCUCAGAGGCCAUUCCGACUGUCAGAGAUAAUUGGCUUGUAGAACCAUCAGGGAAAAGGCUCUUCUUGGCUGUAGCCUAGCUAAUUCUAAGAAACUGAUAGCAUUUCUUCCCCUCACUUUUCUCCGGCUACAGGGGAUGUAGUAGAAACGAAGACUUGGACCAGUAGUUCUCUUC